GCCCCGCUCCCGGCCCGGCCCGGCCCGGCCAUGCGGCCGCUGCUCCUCCUCCUCCUCCUCCUGCCCCUCGGCCGCGCCGCCGCCCCCGGCACGGCCAACAGCACGGAGGCGCCUCGGGCGGCCUCUGGGAACGGGACGCGGCCGUCGCCGGAGACGCGGCGCCCGCCCGGGCCGGGGCUGCUGGCGGGGUCGGGGCUGCCGGUGCUGAGGCGGGCGGUGUAUGUGCUGAGCGCGCUGUCGGCGCUGGCCGCGCUCUACUUCGUGCUGCGGGCGGUCCGGUUGAAGAAGCCCCAGAAGAAGUACGGGCUGCUCUCCAGCCACGACGAGAACAUCGAGCUGGGCUCCCUCGACAGCGACGAGGACACCGUGUUCGAGACGCGGAACCUGCGGCGGUGAGGGAGGCUUUGAUGACUCGGGACCAGCGGCGCCACCUGCCCAGACUGACAGAGGGUCCAAGCCCAGUGGAAUCUCCAGUGCUCAAGUUUCAUAUCUGCUUACAGUGACUCUUAAUUAACAGUUCCAACCUUCCAUAGCUGGGGCAGGGGAAAGGGGACCAAACCUGUUUACUUCACGUGCAUUUUUGGGGACGUUUCUGGGGAAAGGCGGAGCUGAGGUGCGUUGGGAGCUGCUCAGUGCAUGGGGAGAUGCUGAGGUGAUGCUCCUGGAGGAUGCUCAGCAGGUGAAAUCCGAGCUCUGGGCUGUGCCCGGGGUGUUGGUGUUUCAGGGUACUCAUAUCUCCCUGUCUCAGCCCUGGGGGUCAGCUGGAAGCAUCAGAUGAGGGGAUUCCUUUUCCAGGCUGAUCCUCUUUCCUUCAUGCAAUAUCAGGUUACUUCUUUGGGAAGUGAAUCUGUAAUGAGCUCCAGCCCAGGAGGAGCUGGGAGAGCUCUGGGUGUCUGUAAGGAAACGGGGUGGGGGGGUGAUAGUUCAGACAGAACAGCUUUGGGAAUGAGUUAAACGGGUUCAGUUUUGCAGGAUUAGCAGUUACACAGAUAAUCCGGGUCAUUCUUGGGUUUACAGACACGUUUACAGAUGAGAGGGGCCACAACCCAGAGGGAUAUUUCUCCAGAGGAGCCACAUCCGUGUGGUCUGUGGGGCUGGGAGUGCCUGGACUGCUCUGCCCAGCCCCAGUCGUGUGCUCACCAGGGUGACACCAGGGACACGUGGGUGACAUCUGCCAGGGUCUGGACACUGAGACACCUGGGGUGAGGUGGUGCACCUGAACUGCAGGUGUGAGGAGUGUCCUGGAGCAGCUGAUGACUGGAAAAAGGGGACCCUGACCCCUGUUGACUGUGAUUCAGGACAGCCCUGAACUGUGAGUUGUCUCCUCUCAAGGGUACUGGAGUUUCACUCCAUUGCUGGUACUCAGCUGGGACCUUUCCUGCAGCCCGUUGUGUGGAUAAUUUGGGAUCUGAUUGUGUAGGACCGAAGGUGAAUGUGUCAGGAGGUCGUUGUCGGGUGGAUCUGCUGCUAAAACAGUGGAAACUGCUUGCCAGGUGCUCCUGUCCUUGGAAACUGUCAGUGCAUCCUUAAAUCCCAUUUCCACCCAGGCUGGCAGUGCCUUUGUUUGGAGCAGCCAGGGGAGUUGCCCUGCGGGCAGGGAGGUCCCUGAGUCACCUUUAAGGUGAACACUGAGAAUGUCUUUGGAAUGUCUUUGGCUCCUUUCCUUUGGUUUGCACAUCCCAUGUGGAUUGGGGGGCACAGCUGACACUGCAGGAGGGGACAGGGAAGCGUUGGGGUCUGGCUGGUGCUCUGGGCUCCCCUGAGGCGGAGGAUGGAGUGCUGGGAUCCUGCUGGGAUCCUCUGUGAGGGGCUGUGUUUCCCCAGGCAGGGCAGGGGAGGUUUCCUGGAGAAAUCCCACCCCCACGGCAGCUCUGUCUCGCACGCGCCCAAAAGAUUUUAAAAUACACAGAUCCGUGUUUUUAAUCACGCUGCCGUGUGCUCCCAGCGCUUGGAUGGGCCCUGCUUUCCUGUCACACCCGAUCCAGGUGCUCCCUGCUCAUGGAGCUGCUGCAGAUGGAAACAGGCAGAGGUUCCGUGUGGGAAUGGGAUGGCUCAGUCCGGCUGCCGCCUCCCUGUGAUCCAUGGUCAGGGAUCCAUUGAUCCUGCAGGGCUGCACGUGCUGGUGACUUCCCUGGCUCUUCAGUUCCUCUGGAAAGUUGUUCCUUGUGCUGUUGAACCCAAAUGAGCCCCACUGUCCCAGUCCACUGCAACCCACGCAUUCCUUGGCCUUCCUUUACCUGAAGUGAUUAAACCUGAGCAUUCCUUGGACUCCUCUCUUGCUGGACAGGUGGGGUCUGCAGUUCUCAAGUUUCCUCACCUCGCAGGAGCGGAGGAUUUGUUUAUUGUUAAAUGGUUUGGGUCAGAGGGAACCUCAGGCUGGACCUCCGAACAGUCACUGUUGUUUAAGCCAAAGCUGAAUUUCUGAAGUUUACACGAUCCCUCUGCUCUGGGAGGCUCUGUGGGUGCUCUGCUGUGGGUGUCGACCUGCCCAGCCCACCUGGGCCCUCUAGGGGUUGAUGGGAUCAAUGGGGAGCAGAGUGAGCUCGGCUCUGUCGCUCACCACGUGCUCCUGUUGUGUUCCCGUGCCUGGAAUGGGAUCUGCGGCACCGGGAGGUGCUGGGAGAGGGGCCUGUGGCAGGAUGGGUGCUGUGGAGUCAAUAAACAGCCCUUGAGCAUGGUGUUGUCUGAGCUCCACGAGGAGCAGCUCCUGUUUCACCCUCCUGAGGAGUCACUGAUUUAUCUUUAAACACCACCUGUCAUUGCAGCAUUCCCUCCCUUGUACCUGGAACAAGUGGAAUAAAGCAUUCCAGCCCACCCCUCCCUCCGUGCCUGUGGGGUGGGGCUGCUGUGGUGGGCUCAUGGA